AUGGCGGAGCUCAACGGUCUCGCGCCUAGGCACCCUCUGCUGUCGCAAGGUCAGAAAGACGUGCUUGCCGGAACAGUCGGUGGUAUCGCGCAGGUGCUUGUUGGUCAACCGCUGGAUAUCCUCAAGGUGCGACUGCAGACGUCGCCACCGGGGACGUAUACGGGCAUGUUGGACUGUGCCACGCGCAUCGUACGCAACGAAGGCCCUUUGGCAUUCUACAAGGGAACGCUCACGCCGUUGCUCGGUGUUGGAGCGUGCGUUUCGAUCCAGUUUGGUGUAGUCGAGGCUUUGAAGCGCCAGUUGCGCGCGUCCAACGUGUCGUCUGGAAGAAAAGAGGAUCUGACGUACACACAGUUCUACUUGGCAGGUGGUGUUGCCGGGUUGGCUAACAGUUUCGUCGCUGGUCCCGUAGAGCACAUUCGUAUCCGGCUACAGACGCAACCGUCGCCACCGUUGUAUCGUGGACCGAUGGAUUGCCUGAAACAGAUGCUCUCGUCGUCAGGCAUCUUCCACGGCGUCUACCGUGGACAGCUUGCCACGUUUGUGCGCGAGUUUCAUGGGAUGGGAAUGUACUUUCUCACCUACGAAGCUCUGGUCGAGUACAAGCUGAAAUCCUCCCAGCUCAGCCGAGACCAACUGCCGGCUACGUACGCCAUGUUCUCAGGUGCCAUGGCAGGCUACGCACUCUGGCUGACCGCAUACCCUGCCGACAUCAUCAAAAGCAAACUCCAAACCGACUCGCUCGAUCCGCACAAUCGGUCGUACAAAGGUGCGCUCGAUUGCGUCCAACAGACAUUCAAACACGACGGCAUCAAGGGCUUCUUCCGUGGUCUACUACCCACCCUGGUCAGAAGCCCGUUUGCCAACGCGGCUACGUUUGUCGCCUUCGAAUUCGCCGCUAGAAACUUGAAGCAUGUCUAG